UAAGUUACGAUUUUCAUGUGAAUAUUUAUGUAGAUAAAAACAACAAACACAAAAAUCGCCUCUCGGUGUCCGGAGAGGGGCAGAAAACGGAGACGUGGGGGAGAAAAAGGAAAAAAGGAAACAAAAAAGGUCAAGAUGUGAAAGUGUAAAACAAGGAAGGCAUAAAUAGGAUCUGCGCGGCGCAGGGGGCGGACCUGCCCUAUCUUUUAGGAUUGUUUCCUAAAUGCAUCUUUAUAAACUCGACUUGCUGUCUCAGCAAGGUAAAUUAUAUUUAAAAGCGAAGACCUGAAUCCUGCAGUGUUCAAGGAACUCUUUUUGUACACCAAUACCUCAGGCGGAGACACGCGAGGUGUGGGCACUCCUCGGGGCUUCCCCGCGUUGCUCUUCUGCAGCGAUGCGGUUUGGCCCGAAUUGCGCCGUUGGGAGCGGGGUUUGCACACAGCGCUGCGCUCCGCACAGCCGCCGUGCUGAGCGCCGUCUGAGCAGUGCGGGGCUGUAAGGAUCGCUGCGGGGGUGCGGGGGCAGCUUCAGGUCGGGGUCCCUCAGCGCGUCCCACGGCGGCGGUGGGUUCUGCAGGUUGGAGGAUUCUUCUGCUGUGAUGACCUCAGAGGCCGAGCCGGCGCCUUCACCCGCACCUCCUUUCCUAUUUAUUACUUCUCUGGCCAUCCCACUUCCACCCGGGCGACCUCUGCUCCUAGGAGGAAUCUGGACUUACACGCACAGUUGCUUGUCCUUGAAAUGAGUCUCACCAGCACACUCGCUGCACGUCCUGCCCGGCUUUUGUACGCUCUUUGUAAUGGCACCGAACUGAGUGGCCGGGGGCUGCGGGGAGUGGGCUCUGCGGAGCCCCUGUAUUUAUUGAAUGGUGUUCCUCUCCGGCUCUGACCGUGUUGCUGUGUGAUUCUCUCAAUUGGUUUAAAUUGAGGCAAAAAAAAAAAACAAAAAACAAAAAACUGAAGCUCUACCAAUGAAUUGUUUAAAAAAAGAAAACAGACACAUUUUUGUAUUACAAUUGCUUGCGGUAAUAAACAAUCUUGCCUCCUACCUUAUGCCCAAGCGUUGGUGUUCCAGGUUGGAGGUGUUUGUCCCAGCACAGCAUCCUGCACAGCCCCACGUGCAGGGAGCGCGGCAGGAGGAGGUUCUCUGGCCCAGACACGUGGAUCCCACUGACGUGGGGACUGAGAGCAGCUGAGGGGCAGGGGGUGGGUGCCCAUGGGCUGCAGGUGGGGUCAAUCUGCAUGGGCAAGUGCAGGGGAUGAGUAGGGGAUAAGCCCCCAUUGCAGGGGUGUGGUGUCUGUGGGGAAGGGUGAGUGAGUGGGGUAACCAUUAAGGCUUGGUAUCUAUGGGUCUGGGUGCCCAUAGGGUUGCAUGUCCAUUGGUUUGAGUGCUGCGAGGUUAGCUGUCCAUUGUGUUGGGUGCCCAUAGGGGUAAAUGUUCGUUGAUUUGGGUGCCCAUCGAGUUGGGUGCUCGUAGGGGCGUACAUCCGUGCGGUCAGGCGGCCGUGGAUUCGGGUGUCCGUGGGUCGGGGUGUCCGCAGGUUCGGUGUCCGUGGGAGGACGGCUGCGCUCUGUGCCGGGCGUGGAGCACCGUGGCCGGGGCGGUGCCGCCGCCGGGCCCGUCCCUUUCCCUCUCCCGGGUCCGGCGCCGCGCGGGGGCCGUUCCGUGCCGUGCCGCUCCGCACCGGGCGGGGGGGGGCGGUCGGGGCGGCGGUGCCAUGGGGUCGGGGCGCGGGGGGCGGCUGAGCGCGGUGGCACUGCUGUGCGCGGCGGCGGUGCUGUGUCAGUGGGGCAGCGGCAGCGUCCUCCGCCGCCGCCUCCACGCGGGGUUCGCGCAGCGGCGGCUGAGCGGCGGGGAGCGGCGGGACGUACAGCGCGAGAUCCUGGCCGUGCUGGGGCUGCCGGGGCGGCCCCGACCGCGCUCUCCCGCCGCCUCCCGCGCCCCCGCCGCCGCCGCUCCGCUCUUCAUGCUCGAUCUGUACCACGCCGUGGCCGGAGAGGAGGAGGAGGAGGAGGCGGUCUCGCGCCCGGUGCUCACCGGGCUCAGCACCCAGAGCCCGCCGCCCGGCAGCGUGGUCAGCCGCGCCGACACCGUGGUCAGCCUCGUGAACAUGGUGGAGCAGGACCGGGACACCUCCUCCCCAAAGCCCUACUGGAAGGAGUUCCGCUUCGACCUGGCUCAGGUGCCCGUGGGGGAGUCGGUGACGGCUGCUGAGUUCCGCAUCUACAAAGCGCGGGGAGUCAGCAGGCACAGCAACAGCACCCUGCACGUCAGCAUCUAUGAGAUCGCCGCCGAGCACGCCAACAGGGAGUCCGACCUGUUCCUGCUGGACGCCCAGCAGCUCCGUGCCGGCACCGAGGGCUGGCUGGUGUUCGACAUCACGGCUGCCAGCAGCCACUGGCUGGUGGAACGCAAAUACAACCUGGGCCUGCGGCUCUACGUGGAGACAGACAAUGGGCUCAGCGUGGAGCCGGGCUCGGUGGGGCUGUUGGGCCGCCGUGGGCCCCGCUCCAAGCAGCCCUUCAUGGUGACUUUCUUCCGAGCAAGCGCCAGCCCCGUGCGCGCCACGCGGGCGGCCAAAGCGCCACGCAGGAGGCAGCCCAAGAAGAGCAACGACCUCCCGCACCACAACAAGCUGCCGGGGAUCUUCGAUGAUGUCCACACUGCAGAUGGGCGGCAGGUCUGCCGGAGGCACGAGCUCUAUGUCAGCUUCCAGGACCUGGGCUGGUUGGACUGGGUCAUCGCCCCCCAGGGGUACUCAGCCUACUACUGCGAGGGGGAGUGCGCCUUCCCGCUGGACUCCUGCAUGAACGCCACCAACCACGCCAUCCUGCAGUCCCUGGUCCACCUGAUGAAGCCCGAGGCCGUGCCCAAGGCGUGCUGCGCGCCCACCAAGCUCAGCGCCACCUCCGUCCUUUACUACGACAGCAACAACAACGUGAUCCUCAAGAAGCACCGCAAUAUGGUGGUGAAGUCCUGUGGCUGCCACUGAGCACCCGGCAGGGAGAUGGGGCACCGCGUCCUCACUGUGCGUGGGGGGGGUUUGCUGCAGCAGCACCAGGGCUGCCCACCAGAUACAACACCACCCCCUCCGCCCAACCCUUCCCUUCCCAGACGUGGAUGUAAAUAAUAUAAAACUUCCCUUCUCUCACCACACAUAAUGAGAAACAUCCAUACUAUACAUGCGCAGAUAUAAAUAUAUAGGAGAGGAAGAGGAUUUGUGGUCGGUGACGUGGGGCCGUGGCGGAUGUGCGGUGCCCGGGGUGAGGCAGGGCGGCUCCGGGGACAGCUGGGCAGCCUGGCUCCAAGAAGGGCUUUCAGUUCCCUACACAAAAACACUCUCAGCCAAUUAAGUAGCCGGCUGACUAACACGCUCCUGUUUACUUAGAGUUCACAAAACUCAGCCAAGGGGAAAAGAAAUAAUACAUAUUGAGCUACAACGCUGUUAUAAAAUAAAUGCCUAGUUUGGAAAGUAAA